AUGUAUCCAAAAGCAGUGAACAAGACGGACAAUAUUACAAUUGUCAUUAUGGGAGCAUCGGGAGAUUUAGCCAAACGUAAAUUAUUCCCUGCCCUUUUUACAUUAUUCAAGGAAGGCUUUUUAGCAAAGGCUUGGCGAGUGAUUGGAUACGCAAGAUCAAACUUGAGCAAGGAAGAAUUGAUCGAGACUCACCUCAUGCCAUUCCUCAAAAAGUACGACAAGUCAGAUUUGGAUGCUUUCUUUCAACAUGUUUAUUAUCAAUCGGGCCAAUAUGACAAGGAUGAAGAUUUUAAGGAAUUAAACAAGUUGAUUGAAAAAUGUGAAGAAGAGGGUAAUCAAAUUCUUGAACAAGAAUAUAGAACUCAACUCGAAAAUAAGUGUCUCUCUGAAGAUGAAGUGUUUGAAGACACAGAAUCUAGAUCACCCACGACUCUAUUCAAGCCACGAAAACACAGAUUCUUCUACUUGUCCUUGCCACCAAAUGUCUUCCUUGUUUCAGCAACCAUGCUUGGAAAAUUUUGUAAGACUCAAGGAGGAUAUAAUAGAAUUGUCAUUGAGAAACCAUUUGGACGAGACUUGGUGACAUUUAAGAAAUUGUCAAAUGGUUUAUCAAAAGUGUUUGAAAAGGAUGAAAUUUAUCGAAUUGAUCACUACAUUGGAAAGGAAGUUGUUCAAAAUUUGCUUGUCCUCAGAUUCGCGAACGUUAUUCUUGAACCAUUGUGGAACAGAAACACCAUCAAGAGUGUUCAAAUUAUUUUCAAGGAAGAAUUGGGAGUAGAAGGAAGAGGAGGCUAUUUCGAUUCCUAUGGUAUCAUUAGAGAUGUGAGUCAAAAUCACUUGUUACAAAUUUUAGCACUCAUUGCUAUGGAACCACCAGUGACAUUGAGCCCAACCGAUAUUCGUAAUGAAAAGAUUAAGGUACUCAAGUCUAUUCAACCUGUCAAGAUGGAAGACAUUGUAGUUGGUCAAUAUAAGGGCAAAACAGUCAACGGAGAAAAGACUCUUGGAUACAGAGAAGAUCCUACUGUUGCUGACGAUUCCAUUACUCCAACGUAUGCUGCUUGUGUCUUGAAAAUCAGAAAUAGAAGAUGGGACGGCGUUCCUUUCUUCCUAGAAUCAGGAAAAGCUCUUGAUGAAAGAUUGGCCGAGAUCAGAAUUACUUUCAAUGAUGUUCCUGGUAAUUUAUAUCAUCAUGCUGUGGUGAGCGCAAACGAAUUGGUGAUUCGUAUUCAACCAAAUGAAGCUAUUUAUUUCAAUAUUGUCAACAAGGUUCCUGGACUAGGCGAAAAGCUCUCAGAAUCUCAACUCAACUUUACUUAUAAGAGCACAUACGAUCCAAAGAAGAUUCCAGAUGCUUAUGAACGUCUCAUUCUCAACAUGUUGCAAGGUGACGAAUCAAACUUCUUGUCUGAAGAUGAACUUAAAUAUUGUUGGCAAAUCUUUGAUCCAAUUCUUCAUGAAUUACAAGAAAAACUCGUUCAACCAGAGCCAUACGUUAUUGGAAGUGCAGGACCUACCGCAGUUCAUUAUCUUCGAGCUCGAUAUGGACUGGUUGCAAGCAAAAAUCUGGGAGAUUCAGAUUAA